GAGAGAGAGAGAGAAAGAGAGAGCAUCCUGGAGAGAGAGAUAGAAAAGAGGGUGAUAAGACAACAUUCCUAACCUCCUGUCAGUGAGAGAGAGCAGCACAGAGGACAGCAGAGGAGCCUCCCAACCAACCCAGGUCCUCCCCAGUCCCUCCUAGUCUUCACUUUGUUCCACAUCCAGAAGAGGACCCGUUACACUGUGCUGUGCUACCUACGGCUUUUUACCCUGCUCUUCUGUGAAUCCUACCCCUACAGCUCGUUGCCGUGCUCUCCUGUGAAUCCUACCCGUACUGCUCGUUGCCGUGCUCUCCUGUGAAUCCUACCCGUACUGCUCGUUGCCGUGCUCUCCUGUGAAUCCUACCCGUACAGCUCGUUGCCGUGCUCUCCUGUGAAUCCUACCCGUACUGCUCGUUGCCGUGCUCUUCUGUGAAUCCUACCCGUACUGCUCGUUGCCGUGCUCUCCUGUGAAUCCUACCCGUACUGCUCGUUGCCGUGCUCUCCUGUGAAUCCUACCCGUACUACUCUUUACCCUUCUCUUCUGUGAACCCUACCCGUACUACUCUUUACCCUGCUCUCCUGUGAACCCUACCCGUACUACUCUUUACCCUGCUCUCCUGUAAACCCUACCCGUACUACUCUUUACCCUGCUCUCCUGUGAACCCUACCCAUACUACUCUUUACCCUGCUCUCCUGUGAACCCUACCCGUACUACUCUUUACCCUUCUCUCCUGUGAAUCCUACCCGUACUAUUCUUUACCCUGCUCUUCUGUGAACCCUACCCGUACUACUCUUUACCCUGCUCUCCUGUGAAUCCUACCCGUACUAUUCUUUACCCUGCUCUUCUGUGAACCCUACCCGUACUACUCUUUACCCUGCUCUCCUGUGAACCCUACCCGUACUACUCUUUACCCUGCUCUUCUGUGAAUCCUACCCGUACUAUUCUUUACCCUGCUCUCCUGUGAAUCCUACCCGUACAGCUCUUUACCCUGCUCUUCUGUGAACCCUACCCGUGCAGCUCUUUACUGUGCUCUUCUAAUCAAUAACAACUCUACUGCUGCUUCGUCCUACACCAGCUGUUGACAGCCAGACCAACGUAGACUAGUCAGCUACUCCACGACCCCAUCACUGCACUGGGCAGGCACACCACUUCCUCCUCACUGCACUGGGCAGCCACACCACUUCCUCCUCACUGCACUGGGCAAGCCACACCACUUCCUCCUCACUGCACUGGGCAGGCACACCACUUCCACCCCACUACACUGGGCAGCCACACCACUUCCUCCUCACUGCACUGGGCAAGCCACACCACUUCCUCCUCACUGCACUGGGCAGCCACACCACUUCCUCCUCACUGCACUGGGCAGGCACACCACUUCCUCCUCACUGCACUGGGCAGGCACACCACUUCCUCCUCACUGCACUGGGCAGGCACACCACUUCCUCCUCACUGCACUGGGCAGGCACACCACUUCCUCCUCACUGCACUGGGCAGGCACACCACUUCCUCCUCACUACACUGGGCAGCCACACCACUUCCUCCUCACUGCACUGGGCAAGCCACACCACUUCCUCCUCACUGCACUGGGCAGGCACACCACUUCCUCCUCACUGCACUGGGCAGCCACACCACUUCCUCCUCACUGCACUGGGCAGCCACACCACUUCCUCCUCAUUGCACUUCCCUCAAGCAGUACACGCUGUCUGAGAAGAACACUGGUGGAGAUGAAGAUACAGACCACUCCCACCAUGGACAUGGACGCCCUGACGUCCAUCCUGUCCAACGCGUCUUCAGAGAGUAGCUGUGCUCCUGUAGAUAACACUGUGGAGAACAUGGUGUUUGGAGGUUACUACAUUCUGGUCUUUCUCCUGGCGCUCAAUGGUAACGCCUUGGCCCUCUGGAUCUUCUCCCGGCAGCGUGGCACAUCCUCUCCCGCUAACGUCUUCCUGCUGCACCUGGCUGUGGCCGACCUCUCCUACGUCAUAAUCCUGCCGCUCCGCGCCACAUACCACCUCACGGGGGGCCACUGGCCGUUCGGCGAGGUUCCGUGUCGAGUCGCCGGCUUCCUGUUUUAUGUCAACAUGUACGCGAGUCUCUACUUCUUGGCAUGCGUGGCUGGGGAUCGCUACCUGGCCGUGGUGCACGCCGUGAGGUCACUGAAGAUCCGCCGUGCCCGCUACGCCCACACCAUCAGUUUUUCCCUGUGGGUGCUGGUCACCGUCUCCAUGGCGCCCCUGCUGGUCACCCGCCAGACUGCGGAGGUGGACGGGAUGACGGUGUGUCUGCAGCUGUACAGGGAGAAAGCCUCCCGCAAGGCCCUCGUCUCUUUAGCCGUAGCCUUCACCCCUCCUUUCCUCUCCACACUGUCCUGCUACCUGCUCAUCAUCCACAGCCUGAGGAGAGGAUCCCGACUGGAGCCCCAGCUGAAGCUGCGAGCCUUGAGGACCAUCGGCCUGGUCAUGCUGAUCUAUGUGGUGUGCUUCCUGCCGUACCACGCCUCCAGAGCCACGUUCAUCCUGGGGUACGCCCACCCAGAUGUCUCCUGCCAGACCAGGCGGGGUCUGUCCCUGGCCAACCGCGUCACCUCCUCCCUCACCUGUCUGAACGGGGGCCUGGAUCCUCUGGUGUACCUGUUUGGGGCCGAGAAGUUCCGGGGAACGGUGAGGAGGCUGUUCUUUAGAGACAGGGCCGGGGGAUCAGGGGCCACCAGUGCAGGAGAGCUGAAGGGAACACACGAGAGCUCUGUCAGCGCCAAGUCUGAGUUCUGAGAAGCCGGAGGUGGAACCAUCUGAAAUAUCAACUUUAUCUGACGGACUUAUUUUUAAGUCAUUUUUUAAAUACAUUUUUCUACCUGUUUUCACUCAAGCCUCUCAAUACUUAUUUUUAUACUGCCUCUCCUGUCCAUAUGAGACUGUAUCUUUGUUCUAUACUGCCUCUCCUGUCCAUAUGAGACUGUAUCUUUGUUCUUUACUGCCUCUCCUGUCCAUAUGAGACUGUAUCUUUGUUCUAUACUGCCUCUCCUGUCCAUAUGAGACUGUAUCUUUGUUCUCUACUGCCUCUCCUGUCCAUAUGAGACUGUAUCUUUGUUCUGUACUGCCUCUCCUGUCCAUAUGAGACUGUAUCUUUGACUUUAACUUUGUCUUUGAAAUCAAUUAGAGUUUGUUUCAUUAUCAUCUCCCUUCAGCUGUAACUAUUUUCAACCCUGCCAAAGUGCUGGUAAAAACCAAAUCAAUGGAUGCCAUCCCAGCUGUAAUUCUAGUUGUACAGUAUUUUGCGUAAAACCUUGUUUUUUUUUUUAAACGGGGGGGGGGAUGCAUGCCUUUUCAUCUUAGUAGGUCUUGAUCUGUUAACUCUUUAAAAUCGUGCUUAGUAAUGCCUAACAUACUUUUGGGCAAGGAUAUUAUUACGAUAAUACAAUCUUAUUCUCACUAAUUAAAGUGUAUCUUCAAUGUUUCCCGCCAAGUUAAUUCAUGAUACAAUCAAAAUGUAUUUUCCUCAAGUAAUCUCCAUUAACGUUUCCUUGUCGUCCUAUUACCAAAAAAAAAAAAAAAA